CGUACCUCCGCCAACCCGCACUCAGUAGUAAACAAACAGACGAAUUUUCGGAGACACAAGACGUCGUCAUAAUGCAGAAAUAUGAGAAAUUAGAAAAGAUUGGCGAAGGUACAUAUGGCACUGUGUUUAAAGCAAAGAAUAGAGAAACACAAGAAAUCGUAGCGCUGAAAAGAGUUCGUCUGGAUGAUGAUGACGAAGGCGUACCAUCAUCUGCACUUCGGGAGAUUUGCUUAUUAAAGGAGCUGAAGCACAAGAACAUUGUACGUCUGCAUGAUGUGCUACACUCCGAUAAAAAGCUGACACUAGUUUUCGAGCACUGUGACCAAGAUCUCAAGAAAUAUUUUGACAGUCUCAAUGGUGAAAUAGAUCCAGACAUAGUCAAAUCUUUCAUGUAUCAACUUUUACGAGGACUUGAGUUUUGUCAUAGUAGAAAUGUUCUUCACCGAGACCUGAAACCCCAAAAUCUUCUCAUCAACAAGAAUGGAGAGUUAAAGCUGGCUGAUUUUGGCCUAGCUAGAGCCUUUGGUAUACCUGUACGUUGCUAUUCCGCGGAAGUUGUGACGCUCUGGUAUCGACCUCCAGAUGUUCUCUUUGGAGCGAAGUUAUAUAAUACUUCAAUCGACAUGUGGUCUGCUGGCUGUAUAUUUGCUGAAUUGGCCAACGCUGGCCGACCAUUGUUUCCUGGGAGCGACGUGGAUGACCAGCUCAAGCGCAUCUUUAAGCUCUUGGGCACGCCUACCGAGGACACCUGGCCUGGCAUGACCUCACUGCCAGAUUACAAGACAUUCCCGCUCUACCAGCCCACAAUGACACUUGCUCAAGUCUGCCCAAAGCUGAGUAGCAAAGGAAGAGAUCUCUUGCAGCUAAAACUUCUAAGAAAAAUGACUUAUCUUAUAUUGUGCUAG